ACUGACUUCAUCAGGUUUCAUCACAUUCAUGGCUAGUUAACCAUGAACUGGUGACCGGUUAACUGCUGCUUGCAGAGCUACAGGAGAAGCUCUGAUUUCCCUAUUGCUGGAAUAAGCAGCAAACACGCAGACAGGCUCCCUGCUUCCUUUAACCUGCAAAAACAAGGGAGUCCUUCAAAGCUCAUCCAUCCGCUCAGUCCUCUCUCUCUCUUCCCUACAUUCUAAAUCCCUGAUAGUGUAAAUCCUCACAUUUGCUUCCCUCCCUCUCUCCCUCAGUCACACACACACUCUCCUCCUCCUCCCUAGUCGGCUGCUAUCUAAUCUAUGAUGAUAUGUGAUCUCUUGGAUACAACCACACACAUACGCACACACACAAACCACCAGGCAUUGCUACCCAGCUGAGCAAAAUGUCUUUCUCCUAGCAGCGGUGCUCAUCACAGCUUUCAAAUCCUUGACGAUGUGGCCAUGCUUUCCCCUCUGCCUUCUACUUUCUCUCGGUUUCUGCCUGCUCUUCCUGCCCUUUGGGCAUCUUUGCCCUCCUCUCUGUAGCUGUAUGGACUCCCACACCAUAGACUGCAGGGAUCAAGGACUUCCCAGUGUUCCUAAUCUUUUUCCACUGGAUGUAAGGAAACUUCUCAUAGCUGACAACAAUAUUCAGGCGAUACCGGCUGAUUUCUUUAUAUUUUAUGGGGACCUAGUCUACUUGGACUUCAGGAAUAACUCAAUCACCUCCUUAGCAGAGGGCACUUUCAGCAGUUCCACCAAGCUGGUGUUUUUAGACCUAAGCUACAAUAAUUUAACGCAGCUUGAUGCUGGGAUAUUCAAGUCAGCAGAGAAGCUGAUAAAAUUAAGCCUUGGGAACAAUAACCUAGUGGAUGUGGACGAGGCUGCUUUUGAGAACCUGGAACAGCUCCAAGUGUUAGAACUGAAUGACAAUAACUUGCAGAGCCUCAACGUGGCUGCCCUGGAUGCACUUCCGUCCCUUCGGACUAUACGUCUAGAGGGCAACCCGUGGGUCUGUGACUGUGACUUUGCCAACCUCUUCAGCUGGAUACAAGAGAAUGCAUCUAAGCUUCAGAAAGGUCUACAUGAACUCCAGUGUUCCCUGCCAGUAGAAAACAGAAGAAUCUCUCUGGAUGAAUUAUCUGAGGUCAGCUUCAGUGAAUGCAAAUUUAGUUUGUCGUUAACGGAUCUGUUGAUCAUCAUCUUCUCUGGAGUCGCGGUCUCCAUCGCCGCCAUUCUGUCAAGCUUCCUCUUGGCGGCGCUGGUGCAUUGCUUCCAAAAGUGCGCUCCCAGCAAAGAUGACGAUGAUGAAGAAGACAGUGAGGACUGAACCUUUCCUGUAUUUAAAUAUCCCUCGUUUAUAAAUUACUGGAUCAACAGCCAAUGUCGAAGAAGAGGAAAGAAAGAAAGAAAAAGAAAGGUGAACCUAGAUCUUUUGACGCUGGAUCUGUUUCUGUGGAGUUCAGAAACAAACAUUGCUUUUAAACUCAGAGUGGGGCUAGGGGAGGAAGAAAGAGGGGAAUGAAUCCAAAAGAAGUCCCAGUAUUUGGAAAAGGUUGUCCUCAUGAUAGCAUAUGUACUUAAUAGGUUGUUCUAAUGGCACCCUGAAAAGGGCCCACUAUAUGUAGCAUAAAUACAGAGCUUUCCGUUGGAAAUACAGAAGCAAUUUCAUAUGGUCUCCUCCCUCUACCUGGGGAGGGGGAGAGCCAGGUAAACUUCCCCAACUUCCCAAAUGACCAAAUUCAAUUAAAUUGUUUCAUAGAGUUGUGUAAACCAUUAUAGGAAGUUUGACGUUUUCUUUACACAUGGUGUCUCUGCAAAGAUUCUCCCACAAGUCAGUGCUCCGAGUUUUGGGCCUCAUCAAGCAAAGAAAUAUUUUAAUAAACCAAUCGUGUUCUAGGUCUCAGCAACAACAAAAAAAACCCUCAAGCAUUAGCUGCAGUUAAGCCACUGCCCAGCAUACCUUUGGCCAGGGUAUAAAUAAUGAUAGAUUUCCUUUUUGGUUUUGGGGGCAAUGAAGCAAAGAUAACACUUAGCUCUGCAAUACUGGGCACCAAGAUCUUCCUCCUAAUGUAUCACUAAAUCCUGGAACAACACUGGGUGUCAUUAGCCACUUGAACGACUUCACUAUAAUCAGCAGAGGGACACUCCGACUGGAACUGCAGUCUGCGUACAGCAAUGUACUGAAAUACUCUGGUGCAUUCAUUCUACUUCAUUAUAAAUAGAGCUUCAUUAUACCCAAGUUCAUGACCAUGAGACCUGAGCAUGAAGCAGAACACUGCAUUUGAACAUCCCCAAAGAUUGAGAGGUUUCUUCUGAGUUUGCAUUUUAAAAUUGGUUCCCUCAGCUGAACUGGAAAAGCCCCAGUCUCGGGGCAUUUGCAAUCUGGGUCAGAUCUGUGUCUGAGUUUUGAAGCUUAAAGCCAGGCCUAGCUAGAAGUGAGUUCCAAGUAUGAGUAUACGAAGUUCCCAUUAUAAAAUACAAAACAAACCAUCUGGAUUGUGAAUACUCACAAUAUUGGAGAGUUUGGUAUGGAGGUUUUAGCUUGGCCCAACAUUGAGACGAGGCCAAGGGUAAAACGUAGCUGUGGAUCGUGGUUCAGAAUACAAAUCCCCAUACACGUUUACACACUGAUUUGGGGCAGGAUUUAAAUAUGUGCUGAAGCCCCAAUGAUUUCAGUAGGAUUGAAGUAUGUGAUUAAGUGCUGUCCUGAAUAAGGAUGCUUUGAUGAAUCAGGGUCUUAGGAGGUACUCUCAUAGCAGAGAUGGCUUCUCCCCCCAGGUCACAGUCAUCCCAACAGCCUGGGCACUGGAUAGAAGGAUUAUGUUAUGUUUCCACAAGGCAGGAAUCACCAGGGAGUUUGCUCAGGAAGGGGGCUGACAUUUAUCAAAGAACGUUUUAAAUCAUUAUUCUUCAGUGAGUCAAUAUUGAAUAAAUAGACAUGAUGAAAAAUUAUGAGUGUAAUGCAUGGAACUGGAGUGAGAUAUUAGAAGAACUGGGGACUUCUUCUCCUACUCUUCCUCUGUCAGCAUGACACAGUCAAUGAAAAUUAUUGGCCAAUAAGGCCAUGAUCUUGCAAGCAGAUCCAGGUGGGACGAUCCUGGUAUUCACAACACCCCUUAUUGAAUUCAGUUGGACUUCAAGCAGGAGCAAGGGUCCUGCUUGCAGAAUCUGGCUCUAAAUUAUUGUUUUGAAAUACUAAGGGCUAUGUUCUGCUCACAGUUGCACUGGUAUCAAUCCAGAAUAACACCAGUGAAAUCAAUGGAGUUAAUCCAGAUUGGCACCAAUGCAAACAAGAGCAGAAUCUGGCUCUAGGAUGCAUCAAUUCUGACUGUAUUAUAGGUCUUGUCAAAACUUGAUUUCAUCUAUAAAAGGGCAGAUAUUUUGUUAAAAGAUAAAUGAACAUUUAUUGCAGAAGAUUUUUGGAAUAGCAAUGGACAGCUUUUUUGGACAGUAUAUUUUUUAAAAAUUUGUCAUGGAAAUAUUUUUUAAAAAUGUACAGACUGAAAAUAUUAUUU